AUGUCAUCACCCACACCCCUUGGUCCUGCGGCCUCCAAGGGUCUCACAAAAGAACAGCUCGACACCUUUAACAAAGAUGGCUAUUCAAUAAUUCCAGGCGCCCUUUCCCCAGAAACAGUUUCUUCCCUUCUCUCUGAAACGCAUUCUAUGUUGAACAAUUUCUCAUUGGAAGAUCAUCCUAUGACGAAAUUUAGUACUGGAGAGGGUGAGGAGGUCGAACAUGUAGGGGAUAGCUAUUUUUUGGAGAGUGGUGAUAAGAUACGGUUUUUCUUUGAAGAGGACGCCCUCUCUCUAAAAGGCGAACUCCUAAAACCCAAACACCUCUCCAUAAACAAAAUCGGACACGCCCUACACACUCUCUCACCCCCUUUCGCCGCACUCCUCUCACCCCAAUCAACACACUCACCCUCCCUAAUUGCCAAAUCCCUCGGAUUCCAACAACCCCAAUGUCUUCAAUCAAUGAUAAUCUGCAAGAACCCUGAGAUCGGGGGUGCGGUCCCAGCACAUCAAGACAGCACAUUUUUAUACACCGAUCCACCCAGCGCAGUAGGUUUCUGGUACGCGCUCGAAGAUGCCACGAAGGAAAAUGGAUGUUUGAGUUUUUGGCCUGGGAGUCAUAGGUGGGAGGGGGUGGGGAAGAGGUUUGUGAGGAAGAGUGGGGGAGGGGGAACAGAGUUUGUGGGGAAUGACGGGGAGAGGUUCCCGAGGAGGUUGGAGAGGAGGGAGAAAGGGGACCAGGAGGAGAAUUAUGUGUUGGGUGAAGUUAAGGCGGGGGAUUUGGUGCUUAUUCAUGGGAAUUUGUUGCAUAAGAGUGAGAGGAAUACGAGUCAGAAGGGCAGGAUUAUUUACACGUUUCAUGUUAUUGAGGGGGAGGCGGUUUAUGAUGAAAGAAAUUGGUUACAGCCUCCAGAGGGGGGAUUUACUAGGUUGUAG